AUGUCCACGGUCCUUCCCGAUGUCAUGGCUGUCCGCGACGCCAUUGCGAAGCAGCAGCCAUUCUGCACCGGUACCUACCCGUUGAGUGAGGAUGCUAGGCAUCUAUUUUUCCUCAAUAGCAAUGGAACGAGGGCACACUAUGUAGAUCUUGUAAACGCGACCGAUACCAGCCUCCAGACCCUGCUAUUGGCUUGCGAACCAGCACCUUUUGGGGUUGAUAACAAAGACAUUUUGGACGAUACGGACCGUAAAGCUUGGAAGAUGGAUAAAGACAACUUCUCAACCCGCCUGGAUGUCGUUCAUACUCGAAUUUUGGACCGCAUCUGCAUGAAGCUCAUGCGGGGAAACGUGGAGAGGAAGAUAAGAUCAGAACUGGACAAGUUAAACAUUUACGGUCCUGGAUCUUUCUUCAAGGCCCACAAGGACACACCUCGUAGUGAAAAUAUGUUUGGCUCCCUGGUGGUUGUUUUCCCUACUCGACACGAAGGUGGAGCCCUUCAACUUCGUCACAAAGAAGAAGAAUGGACCUUCGACUCCGCGGCCAUAACUUCAGCACAAGAAUCCCCUUCGAUCGCCUAUAUUGCAUUUCACAGCGACGUCGAGCACGAAGUCUCCAUGGUCAGGUCGGGUUUCCGUGUAACUCUAACCUACAACCUCUACAUCGACGACGAUUCGUCUAAUCCUUCUCUUUUGUGCUUGAGGGCUAAUGAAAUGGCUCUUCGGACGUCUCUAUCCUCCUUUCUUCGAGAUCGCAAUUUAUUACCAGAGGGCGGAUAUCUUGGAUUCGGUCUGGAAUUUCAGUAUCCACUCGCCCAUGGGGGAACUAAACUUGACGACCUGAUCAAUUCCCUUAAAGGUGGCGACGCAAUGAUCAAGCGAGUCUUGGAUCACCUCGAUCUCGACCCACAGCUGAAAGUCAUUUACGAUGGUACGAUGUAUGGAUUGGAGGAAAACCCGGGUGAGAAUCAAGAUUCGCAGGAUAACAAGAAUCGGCCAAGCCAUCGCUACUCAAGUGAAGUAGUUCAAAUCAUGUUGGAUGACAUAGAUCGCUUCCCAGACUACGAACUCCAAAGUAGCCUCGUGGAAGCGUUAUCCUUGAGAACCGUGGGCGGGGUAGUGGUUUGUGAUGCGGACAAGGCAGGUGUAUUUUGGGAUGAGCGCGGGAGGCGCAUCCAAGUGGGGAAGGUAUUGUGGAUAACGCGGCGCACAAGGUUCUCCCGCGUCAAAUCCGCUUUCAUCGAAGUAAAUCAUGCGUCACUCGGCUUCACUUACGGGAGUCUCUGCCUCCUGGUACCAGUUUCCGCUUCGGGGAAGAGAGUGAAGAACCGCAAAGAGAUUUAG